AUGAGUGAGAUCAGCUUAACCAUCAACCUGCUCAUCCCAUCACAAACUGCAGCCAACCCCUCAGCCAUAUCAUCAAUCUCCAACACCACACUCAUCUCCUCAACCAUCUCAUCACCCAUUUCAACCACCCAACUCUCAAACACCAGAUUCAACCAACCCAUCACCAAUCAAUCUCAAACCAUCACCCUUGUCAGACACUGGACUCAACUCACCAUCAAUCUCAAAGACUGCACUCAACUCAUCAACAUCCUCCAAGACCGGACUCAACUCAUCACCAAUCUCAAACACUGGACUCAUCAAUUCAAAACACCAGCCAUCAACCAUCUGAAUCACUCAAUGCAACUUAUCAUUGUUCUCAAAAACAUAACACAAUCAACAGUCAGAAACUCUAGUAUUCAAGCAAAAAACCAAGCUAGAGAGUCCCAUAAUCCACCAACACAUCAUGGCCUCCAUCACCAAGAGACAGCACUCAUCAAGGAAGAGGUCUUUUGCAGAAGCACAAGAAGAAGAGAAAACAAUGGUAAAUAUAAAGUGAGAAGAGAAACAGCCGUGUUAAUGAUCAUGGGGAAACUGAUGAAGAAUCCUGAAGAGGAACCAGACCCAGUGGAAGAUGAAGAAUCCUGA